CUCAACAGAGAGUUGGAUAAAGUCGAUGCCGCUCGUUGGUUGCUACCGCGUUGGACAGUUAAAGCGAGUUGCUGCGAGAUUAGUUGUCACCCUUUCUUUCUUUCUUUCUGUCUGUCUGCAUCAUGUCCAAGGCUACCCCUCCAAGAGAAGACAGACUUCUCGUGUGUUCGCGAAGCUUGGAACAUCUGGAAAAGGGUGCCUGUCAGGCUCAAUCUAGGCAUGAUUUGCCCCCACAUGACACACUGCACGACACGACAUCACAAUCGUCUGGGGAAUGGUUUUCACCUCUUCCCGUCAUACGAUGAUAGACAAGAUACUCCUAUGUAUACCACUGAGUACAGUAUACCGGGCCGGCACGCUGCACAAAUCUCGAGUUGUGUAUGUCUAUGUAUGCAAUUGGAGUUGGAGUUGGGUUUGGUGUUGCGUUUGAUAGACCAUAUGAUCAGCAAAGAGGCCCACGCCCAAUUCCUCCAUAUCCAUAAAACGUGGGAUCCGUGAAAUGAUUUUUGAGUUGCCACCAUCCAUACCUUAGAAAAGAGAAAAAGCACACACACAGACAUCGGCUGUGCCUCAGACAAACUAGCCGGACCAGAAUUAGCUUAUCAUUGUUUUUUCCCGGAACUCUGUGUCCCUAGGGUGCCAUUUAACCCCUGGACGGACAAGGACAGAACUCGAAUUGGUCGAUUCUGGUCCCGGGACCCAUCACACCACCCCCCAAAACCAAGCAAUGGCAUCCACCGACCUUCGGACUCCGACCGGCUCUUGGAGGACAUGCCCGGCCUUGUCGUCGUCUAGUCUAUCCAUCGUCAACGUUUUUAUAACCGGCCUGCGUCGCCACUCCUUUCACACUUGCCUCUGCCUGGCUCGUUAAAUACAAGAACUUCAACUUACACCCCUUCAACUGCUCAUGAACGUGUUAGUGAGGCUCUCUCUUCACCAAUAUACUUACAACCGACACCGGUACAACAUCGUCAACGCAACAUAAGAGACAAACUUCCUGGAGUGGAUCACUUCCCCUCCUAGUUCACCGCGUCUCCUACUUAACGAUAUUACAUCACAGCAAUUGUGAAUAUCUUCAAAAAGGACUGCCAUCAGCAACGCGGCUCCCGCGUUUUGACCUCAGCCGCAUUUAGCAUUACCCAACGGAUAUAUACAGCAGCAUCUUUGCCAGCCAACCAUGGUUCAAUUAUUGGCUGAUCCCGCAUUCUCGCCCGCUGGAACACCAACACAUGAGGGCACUAAUGGGCCCCUUAUGAAGCGUCCUGGUCCUGUCAGGGCUGACUCUUCAACACCAAUGACCAGGGAGGAACAUGCCAAACGAAUGCAGGAGCUCAACAAGAAGAGGGGACUGAUGAGGGCACCCAGAAGAGGUUGGUCAAUGACUGACUACCAAGGCGACCAUGUUGCCGGGUCGCAUUCGGGCGCCUCUCACAUUGAGCGACAAGCACCCAUUCCCGAAAACGAGUCGCCUCCUCCAUCCACGCCUCACCAGCACUCAACUCCUGAAGUGCCAGCCGAGGAUAAGGUAGCCCAGCUGCCUCAUCGACCCAAGCUGCCUCCCCCUCGUCGCUCAUACUCUGUAAUGGAUUAUGAACCAGUUCCUCAGACACAGCCACAGCCUCCCAAGGAUCACACACUGCUAGAUCUUCCUUCUGAGCUCCAUUACACCAUAUUCGACCACCUUGAUCCCAUUGACAGCGUUUGCUUCGGCCUCACAAACUCCAACUUCUAUGAAAUUCACCGACGGCUUCACGGCACAGUUCCUCUCUCCAGCCGUUACUCUGGACCAAACGACAUGGAGUGGGCUUGGCGAGGAGCUGGCCCCCUUGUCCAUCGACAUGAGCGAAACCCUGAAAAGGAGGAUCCUAUGGGGCAGAUGCGUGUCAAGGGCCAGGUCUACUGCAGAAAGUGUGGUAUUUCACGAUGUGAGCUGCAUCGUCACCUCAAAGACUGGAUGGGCGACGGCUAUGAGUACUGCUCCAUCAAGGAGAUCUUUGGCAAGCCCGCAGGAGAGGACGCAAAGCCAUACUGCUACAUGAAGUCGCCCAAAAACCCGCACCGAUGUGGACGUCACGGAGGAAAGCAGGGUACACUAUAAUGAAUCUAGACGACAGCAAACUAAGAUAAACGAUAUGAUACAAUAACUCACCCCCGUGGGGGUAUGACGACAUGAAAGCAAAAUCCAAGCAAGAUAAAACCCCGGAUUUGCUUUAUUCUUUUUGGGACACCUACAGGAGCGUUACGGUUAAAGGACUUUUGAUUUCAGGGUGUAUUCUCUCUUGAGAAGUAGGCAUUUUGGAUAAUGGAUAAUGGAUACUGCGAUUUAAGUCAGAUCAUGCAUAGCAAACAUCAGGAGGGGUGGCACCAAAAAGGAAAGUGCGGAAAAGAGCUUCCUCAUAUCAUAUCAUAACAUGACGCAAUGAAAACAUUUCUGAUAUCAUGAGCCAUGCCUUAUCGUUACUCCAAGGUUAAUGAGCUUUGUGUUGCCUUAUUUGCACAGAUGACACAGAUUACACAGAUAUGUGGAAUUACUGUGGAGCAGCAACUGCUAGAUAUCGAUCUACAGUAAUAAUUACCACUGCGGUUGACUUUAGACGUCAUGGACCACUCUUCGCGGCAUACGCGCUUCGUCAUUGAAAUACGGGAGCUUGCAUCUGAUAAUCAAAAUCAGUACAAGAAAUACAUCGAGAACCUCUUACGUAGGCGAAGGGAGAGAGUGUCAUUCAAGCUGUUGCUAGUAAUACUUUGUACGCCUGCUAUUGUCAGGAUCAGGGAGAUAGAAAGAGAAAGUAGACAUAUCAAUCAACCUUAUCAACUUGUCAAUGUCACAAGCAAGGUCAUCUUUGCAAC